AUGACAGAAGUAGCCAAGCCCGUCUAUACCACCUCCUACAAGCCUCAUCCCACCGAGCGGAUGAAGGCGGCUCUCUGGACAGGUUCAAAGUCCAUUGAGCUAGGCGUCGUUCCCAAACCGACCAUCACAGCUCCCGCCGACGCCAUCGUCCAUAUCACCCACUGUACCAUCUGCGGUUCCGACCUCCACAUGUACAAUGGCGAUCUCAACAAGGUUAUGGAGAAGGGGUUGAUCAUGGGCCACGAAGCCAUCGGCAUCGUUGAAGAGGUCGGAGCCGAGGUCAAGAACUUGAGUGUUGGAGACAGGGUCAUUAUCCUGCCUGUCAUCGCUUGUGGAGAGUGCUUCUACUGCAAGAAGAAGGAGUACUCGCUGUGUGAUAAGACGAACCCUUCCAAGGAGCUGGAGGGCAUGUACGGUCAUCGCCUGUCAGGUAUCUUUGGGUAUUCUUUGAUCACUGGUGGAUACCCUGGUGAUCAAGCGGAAUACUGCCGCGUUCCUAAUGCAGAUCUCACCUGCGUCAAGGCUCCCCAUGACAUUGACCCCAAGAAGCUGGUUGGUCUGGCCGAUGUAACCCCCACUGCUUGGCAUGGAAAUGAGCUGGCCGAGGUAGGCGAAGGAGACGUCGUUGGCGUCUGGGGCUGUGGCGCCGUUGGUCUCUCGAUCCAACGUCUCGCCAAGCUUCGAGGGGCGAGCAAGGUAUACGCCAUCGACAAGGAUGAGCAUCGUCUCGACAUCGCAAAGUCGUAUGGCAUGAUUCCUGUCAAUGUCAAUCUUCACAGCGAUCCUGCCGAUUACAUCCUGUCUAUUGAACCACACGGCCUGGACCGUGGUAUUGAGGCUAGCGGUUUCAGGAGCACCAACUCUACUGCUCAUGCUUCUAUGAGAGCACUGGGUGUUGAGGGUGACAGCUCUGAUACUGUUGCUGCGGCUAUCAAGGCGACUCGCAAGGGAGGCAAUGUUGCUCUGAUUGGUGACUUUUUCUACAGCACUAAUAACUUUCCCAUUGGAAUGAUGAUGGAGAAGGCUAUCACUGUGCGUGGAGGACAGCUCUAUGCCCAGAAGUAUUUCCCUCUUCUUUUGGACUUGGUUGUCGAGGGUAAAUACGACCCCUCUUUCAUGUUUACCCAUGAAGAUGACUUUGAGAAUAUCUCAAAGAACUAUGAUGCUUUCUUCAGCCACAAGACACCUGGCGGAUUGAAGGUCUGCAUGGCAACUGCCUUUGGACGCGCCCAGUCGCGUGCCUAA